GAGCCGGGUACACUUCCAGCAGCCGGUGCUGCCGCGCCGGCUGUGUCAGAGCCAGAGGACCCGACCAAUCUGAAGCGGAGUGGGGGGUAGUCAGGCUAAGCUGCUUACGGCCCGGCCAGCAGGCCCACGGUUGAACUGGUUCAAAGAAUGGACGGCUUCAUCACCGCGGCGAAACAUGGCGUGUAAAAAGAGGCGUUGUUCUGUACAGCCGGCAUCGACCUAACUGGACCAGACCUCCCUGCAGGAAUGUUCACCCUCACAGAAGUAGCCUCUCUGAAUGACAUCCAGCCAACUUAUCGAAUACUGAAACCAUGGUGGGAUGUCUUCAUGGAUUAUCUUGGUAUUGUCAUGUUGAUGUUGGCCAUAUUUUCUGGAACAAUGCAGUUGACUAAAGACCAAGUAGUUUGUCUUCCCAUUAUGGAGCAAACUCCGGAGGGGGUUGGGGGCUUCUUAGGACCCCAACCACCAGAGACCGCUGAUAGUUUAUGGAACAAAGAAAGCGCCAUUGGAGAGCAAGCUGCUCCUUUAAUGGCUAAAAAGCCUCCCGAUAGCAUCGGCCCCACAAUUCCCUUCCCCCAGUCGGGUACUUUUGGGCAGCCUCAACCUACAGGCGUUAGGACCAAACUGGAUUUUCAGCAGUAUGUUUUUGUCAACCAGAUGUGCUACCAUGUCGCCCUCCCUUGGUAUUCCAAAUAUUUCCCAUACCUUGCUCUAAUCCACACUAUUAUAUUAAUGGUCAGUAGCAACUUCUGGUUCAAGUACCCAAAGACAAGUUCCAAAAUAGAACAUUUUGUUUCCAUACUUGGAAAAUGUUUCGAAUCCCCCUGGACUACCAAAGCUCUGUCCGAGACAGCGUGCGAGGACUCGGAGGAAAACAAGCAGAGACUGGCUGGUGCGUCCUCCCUCCUGAAGCAUCUGUCCACAUGCAGCGAGGAGGGGAGUCCAAACCAGUCCGCCCCGGUGCUGACUAAAUCCGGGGUCACGUUUUCCGCUGAGAAGCUCGUGAGUGAAGUCCCCGCCAUGACCAUACUGGACAAGAAAGACGGCGAGCAAGCAAAAGCCCUGUUUGAAAAAGUUCGGAAAUUCCGAGCCCACGUGGAAGACAGUGACUUGAUUUACCGGCUGUACGCCAUUCAGACGGUCAUCAAAACGGUCAAAUUCAUUUUGAUCCUGUGCUACACGAUGACUUUUGUUGCCUCUAUAGAUUUCGACCAUGUGUGUGAGCCUGAAAUAAAGCAUUUGACUGGAUACACCAAGUUUCAUUGCACGCACAACAUGGCGUUCAUGAUAAAGAAACUCCUCGUUAGUUACAUUGCUCUCAUAUGUGUCUAUGGCGUGAUCUGUAUAUACACGCUGUUCUGGCUUUUUCGGAGACCUCUUAAGGAGUACUCCUUUGAAAAAGUCAGAGAGGAGAGCAGCUUUAGCGACAUUCCAGACGUCAAGAAUGACUUUGCGUUCCUUCUCCACAUGGUCGAUCAGUACGACCAGCUGUAUUCAAAGAGGUUUGGCGUGUUUCUCUCCGAGGUGAGCGAGAAUAAACUUCGGGAGAUCAGCCUGAACCACGAGUGGACCUUUGAGAAGUUGCGGCAGCACGUGAUGCGCAAUCCUCAAGAGAAGUUGGAGCUCCAUCUUUUUAUGCUCUCCGGAGUGCCAGAUGCCGUGUUUGAUCUCACUGAUCUGGAAAUACUUAAAUUAGAACUAAUCCCAGAGGCCAGACUAACUGCUAAGAUCUCACAAAUGAUAAACCUCCAGGAGCUGCAUCUCUAUCACUGUCCGGCCAAAGUUGAACAGACUGCUUUCAUUUUCCUCCGCGACCACCUCCGGUGCCUUCAUGUCAAAUUUACAGAUGUCGCUGAGAUUCCUAGCUGGGUAUAUUUGUUGAAGAAUUUAAGGGAACUGUACUUGGUUGGCAAUCUGAACUCUGAAAACAACAAAAUGAUCGGCCUCGAGUCUCUGCGAGACCUCAGGCACUUGAACAUUCUGCACCUCAAAAGCAACCUCACAAAGAUCCCGACGAACAUAACGGAUCUGUCCCCGCAUCUCAUCAAGCUGGUCAUUCAUAACGAUGGCACAAAGCUCUUGGUUCUGAAUAGUUUGAAGAAAAUAAUGAAUCUCGCCGAACUGGAGCUUCUCAACUGUGAGCUGGAGCGCAUCCCCCACGCUAUUUUCAGUCUGAACAACCUUCAUGAACUGGAUCUGAAGUCCAACAACAUUCGUACCAUCGAGGAGAUCAUCAGCUUCCAGCACCUCAAGAGACUGACGUGCCUCAAACUUUGGCACAACAAGAUCAUCACCAUUCCCGUGUCAAUUAGCCAUGUCAAGAACCUCGAGACGCUCUAUCUCUCACACAAUAAGCUUGAGUCUCUACCCUCAUCGUUAUUCACCCUUCUCAAGUUAAGGUACCUCGAUGUGAGCCACAACUCCAUCGCGGUGAUACCGCUGGAGGCUGGAUUUCUGCAGAACCUCCAACAUUUUGCCAUUACAGGCAACAAAGUCGAGGUAGUUCCCAAGCAACUGUUCAAGUGCAACAAACUGAAGACCUUGUGUCUCGGCCACAACUGCAUCUCCACCAUUCCGGAGAAAGUUGGCCAACUCUCGCAGCUGACACACCUGGAACUGAAGGGAAACUGUCUGGAUCGUCUCCCGGCUCAGCUCGGUCAGUGCUUCCUCUUGCACCGGGGCUGCUUGAUCGUGGAGGAUCAUCUCUUCGACUCGCUCCCCAUGGAGGUGAAAGAGAGCAUCAAUCAGGAAUCUAGUGUUUCUCUUCCAAACGGUUGCAAGUGUUUAAGUGAUGGACGGUAGUCACGCCCUAUGUGGCGUUUCAUCUUAAUUUCAUUAUUUUUCUCUUUUUUUAAUCGUGCCAUUAGAAAAAGUUAGAGUACUCUAUUGGUACACUUCAUGAUGUUUUAGCAACUUAUAAAAUGAACCUACCACAGCACAUACAAGAACGGUACCACGGGAGAAAUUUUAGAUUAACUCCAGAAAUGAUCAUGGUUUGUGUCAUGUCGAUAUAUAUUUAUAUUAUAAUUGUUUAAGUUGAUGUAGGGACAUGGUAGCAGUUAAAUAACUCUGCUUGUAUUUUGUACCUUUCUUAUGCAAAACAUAUCUACAGUGGACAUUUGUAUCAUUUUGAAACAUUUUGUCCCCCUUUUUAUUUAUUUUAAUUUUCCUGACAUGGACUUGAUUGACUUCAACUUAGAGUUUCACUCAAAUUACAAACCAAAAAAUCUCACUCUCCUUCAAUGGUAUAUAGAUAGCCGUGGAAGUAGUUUUAAAAUGUCUCAAAUAAAAUGGUUGUAAGUAGAAUUGGUCCAUGGUGUUCACAGCAAUAUUGUAUUUACAACAGUAAAACAUUUUAUUUCCAGUAACAGCGUCCCAAUUACCCUGAAUAGAACAUUGCAGUUUUUAUUACACCUACACUUUACCAAAAGAAGUGUUCUUAGUGAAACUUGUUUACAGCAAGUGUGUUGAUUAUCCAGUGUGACUGGGACGUUGCUUCUGGAAGGAGACGUUGCUGUUGAAACAUUACAUUGCGCUAUUAUAUAAUUGUAUUGGGAUGGAGGCAGAAAUCUCAGGUAUGGAUAUUUCAAAACUUGAACAAAUAAAUAUAAUGAGCAAAUAUGUUUAUUUUUGUUAUUUGGGUAAAAAAAAAAAAUCAAUUCAAGAUCCAAUUGCCAGCUUCUCCCGUAUUGUCGUAUACACGCCUAGAUCUAGUAUCGUGGUCCUUAUGCAUUCCAAUUUGAAUAUACUUGUAAUAUUUUUAACACACCACAGUGAUGACGGCUCCCAUUUCAUCCUUCUCUCUACUUAUGACAUUUCAUUUUGAAAAGUCUUUUCCGCCAUUAUUUUUGAUAAGGUAGAUUUUUCUUCUUCUUCUUCUAAGGAGUAGGCAGUAGAUUGUUUCCUUUCUUGUGUACAGCCAACCCCAAAUGAUUUUGAGUUUUUCGUUAGUUGUACUUUUGCUUAUGUUUAAUUUGCCGAGACACCCCAGGUCAAACAUUUUAAACUAAUAGAUAUCGCUAUGAAACUUCCCCAGCUGAUUACUUACAUAAAGUUGAUUACUUUGUAUUACAAGUUUUUUUAAAUGUUAUGUUUAUAUAUACAAAUGAGGCAUUAUCUCAUGGUAACGUUGGAUGCAUUUAAGAGAAAUCUACAGAUACAAAGAGAGAAAGGAGUAAAAUAAAUACCUACAUGUGUACUUGGUAUGUUUUUUAUUUUGUAUUAUUCUCUUCUGAAAAACAGAUGUUGUUAUAGAAGCCAUAUCACCCAAAAUCUCAAAACUUUAUGAAAUUAUGUUUUUGCCUGGGUGGCCUCGUUUAACUAUGUUUCAUUCAUGUGUAUUCAACAUGUAUUUUAUGUGUUAUUUGUAUGCAUUUAUGAUCUCAUUGUCUGUUAUCUGUUCUUCUCUCUGCACAGCACUUUGUAAACCUGGUUUUAAAAUGUGCUACGUGAAUAAAAAUAUACAUAU